UUAAAUUGCCGCUUAAUAUGAUGACAAGAAAUAAUUUGGAAGCAUCUACUUGUAAAAUGACAGAGCCAUUUAAUUUUGAGAAAAAUGAAAGCAAGAUGCCACCACAUGAUUCUAUAAGAAGUCCUGGAGCACAUCCUAACCAUCCUAAUUUCAGGUUGAAAAGCCCAGAGAUUGGAAAUAAAAAGUACAAUUUUUUGCUUUGUGAGCAAACUAAACAGUAUUUGGCUAGUCAGGAAAACAAUUUAGUGUCUUCACACCCUAAUGGCAUCAAUGGAAAAGUGGUUGAAUCCAAAGAAGACAGGCAAACAUUGCCAACAGGAGACUCAGUGUCACCAUUAAAUGCUGGAAGUAAUUCACCACUCAAAGAAGUAAAUACUAAGCCCAGAGAUAACAUAUGUCCUGCAAAGUCAAAAAAAUUCUACAAGUUGACUGAGAAUUCUUUGUCCAUAAAUAAUCCAGAACUCUUCAACUCCUUAGGGCGUCCUCCUCGAUCAGGAACUUGUCAUUGCUGUGGUCUGUUUGGAUCACAGAGAUGUUCUCAGUGCAAGCAGACAUACUAUUGCUCCACAGUGUGUCAGAGAAGAGAUUGGUCGGCACACAGCAUUGUGUGCAGACCUGUUCAGCAAACUUUCCGUAAACUUGAAGAUAAUAAAUCACCUUUUGAAACAAAGAACAUGGAAGUGAAAAACAAGUGUGACUGUCCACUUGGAGUUUCUAAAAAAAUAGCCAUUUGUGCUGAGAAAAUAAUGUUUUCUGAUUUGAAAAGUCUACAACUCAAGAAAACCAUGGAAAUAAAGGGUACAGUUACUGAAUUCAAACAUCCAAGUGACUUUUAUGUGCAGUUACAUUCUUCAGAAGUUUUAGAAUACAUGAACCAACUCUCUGUAAGCUUAAAAGAAGCAUACACAAAUGUGGUGCAUGAAGAUUAUAUUCCACUUAAGGGGGAAGUUUGUGUUGCUGAGUACACUGUUGAUCAGACCUGGAACAGAGUAGUAAUACAAGAUGUUGAUGUGCUGCAGAAGAAGACACAUGUCUUAUAUAUUGAUUAUGGAAAUGAAGAAAUAAUUCCAUUAAAGAGAAUUUACCAGUUAAACAGAAACAUUGACUUAUUUCCUCCUUGUGCCAUAAAGUGCUUUGUGGCCAAUGUUAUCCCAGGAGAGGGGAAUUGGAGCAAUGAUUGUAUCGCAGCUAUUAAAUCACUGUUAAUGGAGCAGUACUGCUCUAUAAAGAUUGUUGACAUCUUAAAAGAGGAAGUGGUUACCUUUGCUGUAGAUGUUAUGCUGCCAAGUUCAGGAAAAUUCUUAGACUGUGUGCUGAUAGAAAUGGGAUAUGGCUUGAAACCCAAAGGACAAAAUUCUGAAAAGCAAAGUGCAAAUCAAAGUGAUCCUGAAGAUGUUGUAAAAAUGACAGCUGAAAACAAAAUGGUUGUAGAUAGAAGCGACCUAAUUCCAAAAGUGUUAACUCUGAAUGUAGGUGAUGAGUUUUGUGGUGUGGUUGCCCACAUUCAGACACCAGAAGACUUCUUUUGUCAGCAACUGCAAAGUGGCCAUAAGCUUGCUGAACUUCAGGCAUCCCUUAGUGAGUACUGUGAUCAGUUGUCUCCACGCUCUGAUUUUUAUCCAGCCAUUGGUGAUAUAUGUUGUGCUCAGUUUUCAGGAGUAGAGCCACCAUUAGGAAUUUGGACUCCAGAAGCUAUUUGUCUCAUGAAAAAAAUUGUACAGAACAAAAUGAUCACAGUGAAAGUGGUGGAUGAGUUAGAAAACAGUUCCCUGGUAGAGCUUAUUGAUAAAUCCAAGAUGCCUAAUGUCAGUGUUACCAAAGUUCUCAUAGACACAGGCUUUGCUGUGGAGAAGAAGGCUACGGUGGCUGAUUCACCUAGUGACGUCAAAGAAGCCAUUGUUCCUUUGAAUGUAGAAGGAAAGGUAAAUCCAUUGGAGUGGUCAUGGGUUGAACUUUCUGUUGACCAAACAGUUGAUGUUAUGGUCUGUAUGAUAUAUAGUCCUGGAGAAUUUUAUUGCCACUUGCUUAAAGAGGAUGCUUUAAAGAAACUCAAUGAUUUGAACAAAUCUUUAGCAAAAUAUUGCCAGGAGAAGUUGCCGAAUGGUUUUAAGGCAGAAAUAGGGCAACCUUGUUGUGCUUUUUUUGCAGAUGUACAGCCUAGAGACAAACAUUGGACUAAAGAAGCCAUAGCAAGAUUUCAGAUGUGUGUUGCAGGGAUAAAAAUGCAAGCCAGAGUGGUUGAAGUCACUGAAAAAGGGAUGGGAGUUGAACUCACUGAUAUUUCUACUUCUUAUCCCAGAAUAAUUAGUGAUGUUCUGACUGAUGAAUAUCUGAUUUUAAAUGCUGGUUCACAACAUAAAGACUUGCCAGAUAACAUACCUGUUAGUAAACAUGAUCUUCAAAUUGAUGAUGCACAGGGACUUCAAGCCAUCUCUUCAGCUGAGCAAUGGAAGACGAUAGAACUGCCAAUUAAUAAGACUGUAGAAGCAAACAUAUUAGAAAUCAUAAACCCAAACUUGUUUUAUGCUCUACCAAAUCAGAGGCCAGAAAACCACGAAAAACUACUGUGUAUUCUGACAGCCAAGUUGUUAGAGUAUUGCAAUGCUCAGGAAAGUCCACCAUCCUAUAGACCAAAAAUUGGAGACGUGUGCUGUGCCAAAUACACAAAUGAUGAUUUUUGGUAUCGUGCAGUUGUUCUGGGGAUGUCAGAAACUGAUGUGAAAGUGCUCUAUGGAGACUAUGGAAAUAUUGAAACCCUGCCUUUUUCCAGAGUGCAGCCCAUCACCUCCAGCCACUUGGAGCUUCCUUUCCAAAUUAUUAAAUGUUCUCUUGAAGGACUAACAGAAUUGAGUGGAAGCUCCUCUCAAUUAAUACUGCCACUAAAAAAUCUCAUGUUGAAUCAGAAUGUAAUGCUUUCUGUGAAAGGAAUUACUAAGAAUGUCCAUACAGUAUCGGUUGAGAAAUGGUCUGAGAAUGGCAGUGUUAGUAUUAUUGAUAAGCUGGUGACAUUUGGUCUGGCAAAAAACAUCACACCUAAAAACCAAAGUGCUUUAAAUAAAGGAAAGACAUGUAGGAUGAAUUGCUGCUGCACAGAGUUACAGAAACAAGUUGAGAAACACGAACAGAUCCUUCUCUUCCUCUUAAACAAUCCAACCAAUCAAAAUAAAUUUAUUGAAAUGAAAAAACUGUUAACAAGUUAA